AUGGUCAAACAGAGCGCAGAACUCGAGAAGUUCGCAGCAAACCACAAGGCUUUGCUGAAGCGCCUUAUCGAUAGUGCUGAAAUCCCUGGUGCCUUCAUUGCUGCAUCGAUGGAUAUCUGUACCAAGCGUGUCAAAACAACCAAUAAACUCGGAACAGCGCUGGUCGUGGUUGUACCCGUACUUCCGGAGGGUGCUAGUCCCAUCCCUGAGGACUCGCAUGAGGAAUAUGAAGAGGUGUCAUUGGUGCUAGUGGCUAAGGACAAGACCGUUGUCGCCGAUACAUUGUAUCCUGAGCGAGAGCCGGUCCGUGACCCGUUGCAAUAG